AUGAACAGCGGAGAUAUAAAAACGAGGCUGAGAAAAGAAUACGAAACGCCGUCGACGUGUACCACGCACUUGGCGUUGACUUUGGUGCAACUCAUAUUCGCGCUCAUGCACACUUUGGCGAAUCCUUCUUUGAAACAUAUUCCGUCGUUUGCGUUUUGUACGCUGAGAUUGGCGAUAGCGUUGCCGUUCUUGUACUUCUUUGGACGGAUGGAAAAACCGACGCAAACGAAAGAUAUUUCCUGGAAGCAACGCUUUUGGUUCGUACCGAUGGGGACUUUUUUAGGGAUCGCGUACUUACUCGUGUUCGUGUGUAACGAGCGGUCUGGAGCGAUCGCGGUCGCGAGCGUGCAGCCGCUGAUGCCGGUGUGCACGGCUAUGCUUUCGUUCGCGUUUGGUUUAGAGCGGAUGUGUUUUUUGAAAGCGUUCGGGUGUUUGCUCGGUUUCGCGGGGACUGUGUUGGCGGUGAGAGCGCACAGGAUUUUCGACGAGGUUGGUCCGUCUGUCGAGGACGUGUUGCUGUUACUGUUGCAAACGUGUUCGUAUUCGUUUUACGUCGUGAUGGUGGUGAAAGCGACGAAGAGCGGGAUGAAGAAUUACGGAAUGACGUUUCUGUUUGGAGCGACUCUUUUCGCCUGGACGUGGAUAUUCUUCGCCGGAGGAUUGAAGCAGAUUUUCAUAGACAUAGAUUGGGAAAACGAGGUCCCCGCGUACGCGUGGGGUGGUGUGCUCUUUUCCGGGUUCGGGAGCGCCGUCAUCGCGCACGGCAUUAACAGUUGGGCGAUUACCCGAGUCAACGGCGUCUUACCGACGGUGUACUCGGGCGUCCAAGUCGCGUUCACGGUGCUCUUUGGGUUGACGUUUCUGGACGAAUCGCUGGAAGCGAUUCAAUUUGCCGGCAUCGCAAUCACCGUGGUCGGCGUGUACUGCGUCGCGAGAAGUCGCGCGGAGGAACGCGAAGAAAUUAUUUCUUCAGCGACGACGACCGAAACGACGGAAACGGAAACGACGACCCCAACCGCCGACGCCCAACGACAAAAAGACGACGACGACGUCGAAGAACUCGUCGAACUCGUCGUCGCCGUUCCAGACGCGGUCCCGCACCGACCCUCGCUCGAUCUGUAG